AUGGGCAUCUUUCUGGUUCUAGCAAGCUGUAUGAUGUUCGCCUUUAUGGUUGUCAUCUGGAAAAUUCGGUUUCGGAGAAAGACUGUAUCAUCAAAUUCAACUUCUCUUGAAGUAGUAAGCAACUCUUCUACUGAGUCACCUAAGACCAGUAUUGAUGGGAGUUUUUCAGUCAAUGACCUCUCUCGGGAUAUCUUAAAUAAUUUCCCACAUUCAAUUGCGAUGCAGAAGCGAAUACUGGUAAAUCUCAGGAUCGUGGAAUACAAGCUGGCUGAACUGGAACACUUUCUAGUUAUUAAGGGUUUAAAUGGUGCAUUAGUUAACCGGAAAUCCACUGAAAAACUUACAAAAUGUAAGGACAGUGGAGAAAAUCAAUAA